ACUCAGCUAGUGCAAGGUGUACAGGAUUAAACGUUCUGUAAAUCUAAAAAUGACUUCUGAGUGCUUUUUAAAACAUGGAUAUUUCUCUGCAUCACUAAUUACGGUCCUCUGUGUGUUACAAGUCAUUCCGGCCUCCUCUUCCUCCGUCGGUGUUGACAGCUCCCAUCACAGUUUCAUUGCGUUUGCUUCUGCUCCUGACAAAGUGGUGGAUGGUUCAACAGUCUCCCUGCACUACCACUGCCCCGGGCCGUGUCAGCUCACCGUCCGUGUUUUGGCGACCACAUUACAAGAGACAAAUUUGGUCAUCUUCAGGAGGAAAUGGCUCAUCCAUACGCCCGGGGAUAUAGGGACACACCAGGUGCUCCUACGAUUCCCUCCAUCUAUUCUAUACCGGGGCAGUCUUCAUAACAGGGAGGUUUUGGAGGUGGUGGAGCUGACUCUUGGAGCUUGGAUACAGCACAAAGAUGGUAUCAGGAGGGUUUCCAAGCAGCUGCAGAUAACUCCUGUUUCCGAGCGUCCAACGAGGCCUCCCACUGAGUGCCCUUCAUGGCCCUCACAGCUAAUGUGGCGAAUAAACACUCUCCGAUUCGCUCGCUGCCGGCAGGAGGCAGUGGAGAUGGAUUUGCUGACGUUCCCCCUGGCCAGCACUGGGGAGGGCUUUGGAGUGGACUGCAGGGUCCAGCCGCUGAUCGACACAGACCUAGAGAGACUGCGCCGCCGUGCUGUGACCAAACCAAGAGUGGCGCUGUCCAUGUGGAUCUACCUGGUGCAGUGGUGCCAGGAAAAGCAGUGUUCCAUCUUCUAUCACCUCAACAGAGAUGAGAAGUUUGACUCUCCUCUGAUCCAGCUCUCAGAUACAGGCGACCUCAUCAUUCAAGCCCAUUUGACAGAAGGAGGGGACGAGGCUUUCCGCACCAACAUGGCCUUACCCCUCUGGACAUGGACCCGAUUGGACUUGUACUUGGAAGGCACAAAGGUGCAGUUGGACCUAACAUGGGACAGUCAAACCUACGUGUCAAACUAUGAGUUUCAGAAUAAAAUAUAUUUGGAUGACACCGAUGGACGCUUUGUGAUUGGUGGCAGCCGAUACACCAGGGGUAUACGUGGAUAUUAUGGCUCCAUAAAAUACUACAGAUUUGGCACUAACAAGAUAAGUCACGAUCUUCAUCCCAAGGACGUGCUGAUGGGUCUGUCUGAAUUUCAUACUGAAUGCGAGGAGUUAAAAGACAUGACUAGCUCUUACCAGCAGGAAAUCACAGCCAGCCAUUUCCUGUCACCAGUCAACCAAGGUGUCUGUCUCCCUCACUUUGUCCAAAUCCAGAGACAGUUUACCAACAAAACAUGCAAGCACAGAUGGAGCUGGGAAUCACAAAGAAAGCACAAUACAUUUUUCCACUUCCUCCGAACAAUGGAAGAGCAGAUAUCUAAAGGAAAUUUGAGCUUCAAGCAUCUCAGUAGUGGCUUGUUCGAUGAGGGAGUUGGAGCGAUGUUUACUGGGGACCAGGUGGAAAUUAAUAUGACAGAGAAAUCAAGAGCCCUCCUGCGCUCAGCCUCCUGUUUUGGGAAUCACAAAGCAUCUCUUCUCUUGGCCUCUCUCCAUCUUUCUGGGCUGGGACAAGCGGUCGAUCAGCCAAAGGGGCAUGUCUACAGUUUGAUCGGGGCUUUGGGUGAUGACCGGUUUGCCCUGAUGCAUGCUGGGUACAAGCAUACACAAGGAUUUGAUGGCUUUUCCAAAGACUUUGAUAUGGCCUAUAGUUAUUACUCCAAUGUGGGGGCCCAGAGCAACGUCGAUGUGGGAAAAACACAUCAUAGUUCGCAACACAUUCUUGAACACAUCUAUCUAUGGAAACUUCAGGACUGGGUUCACAGGGAGGUCGCUGGGAGGGAUUUGAUGGACUUUCUGAAGUAUCAGGCUGAGGGAGGCGAUGUGGAGAGCCAGAAACACUUGGGAGCCAUGCUGUACUGGGGACAAAACGGCCUCUCCAAAGACAUAGCGAGCGCUCUGCAGUGGCUGGAGAGGAGUGCCCUGCAGAUGAAGGAUCCAGAAGCCAUGUAUGAUUACUCCAUCCUCCUCAUGAAGGGCCAGGGAGUUAAGAGAAACUACACACAGGCUGUGGAUCUGCUAAACAAGGCAGCAGAGAUGGGCUCAAUUAAUGCCUUGAAUGGUCUGGGCUGGUACCACGGGAUAAUCCUCCACGACCACACAUCGGCGGUGAAAUACUUUGAGCAGGCGGCGUUUAAUGGAAGCGAGGACGGCAUGUUUAACCUGGCAGUUUAUCACCUGAGCGGCACCAUCCCAGGCCGGCCGCAGAGGAAUGAGACUGCAGCUUUCCUGCACUUCCUGAAUGCGUCUGCACUGGGGCAUGUGGGCGCAUCAGUGGAGGCUGCACACUACCUGUCCACAGGUGGCCUGAAGGGGGUGUCCCAGGACACACACAGAGCUGUGAGAAUGCUAAAAAAAGUGUGUGAACGGAACGGACAUCUUGGAUUUAUGAUCAGAGAAGCUCUCCAAGCCUACCUCCGGGGCUCCUGGCACGAGGCAUUCGUCAAGUACGUUUUGGCAGCAGAGACUGGUUUGAGUUUGGCCCAGAGCAACGUGGCUCACCUCUGUGAGGAGCAGGAUUUGGGUUAUGACUGUCAGUGGAGAUAUCAAAACUACUCUAUAUUAAACUAUGAUCCCCAUCCUUCCGCUCUGCUGAAGAUGGGGGACUACUUGUUGGCGUCCUGGAGCUCUGGGCCGGGCUCAUUAUCCGCUCUGGUGCGGGCCGUGUGGCUGUACAGCCGUGCCGCGCUCAUGGGCAGCCCCCAGGGCAUGUUCAACUUGUUCAUUUUGAUGCAACAAGGCCACAGCCUGCCUUCCGGGAUCCAGGACUUCUUUAAUGUCUCGCGCCACGAUAAGCCCAACAUUGUUAUGGAGAAAAUCUUGACAAGAUGCGUGGAGAGCGGUAACGGGGAAGAGGGGGUGGAGCCCUGUGCGUUAGCCCUGCUCUGGGUCCAGAUGGGGAGAGCCUUGAGGAGCAUGAGUCAGAGUGCUCCACAGCAUGUCCUGGUUUGUGCAUCGUUCCUCUCACUGUGUGUCAUCAUUGUCAGCGUGCCUUUGAAGAUUUGUCUGGACCAAAAGCACCCAAGCGCUCGUGUGGUUGCGCAGAGGGCACGGACAUCAUCUGUCAGCCAAGAUGGUAUCAACACCAACACAGCAGAGCAGAACGGCAUUAUGGGAGGAGGGGGCCCUUAUAUACCAGCAGGCAGCCUCCGGAUUAGCGUACAGAAUGGGAAGCGUUGGCUAUCCCGAACAUGUGAUUUGGCUUUGACCCUUGCAGGCUUGGUUCUUUGUGCUUUUUGGACCACACUACUGUAUCAUCUCCUCUGACAUACAGCACCCUGGACAAUGACUCAAGUGCUGCACUAAGAUUAUACUCACGAAACUAUAACAGUGUUUAAAGGGUGACACACAAGGUCCUGUAGGUGAAGCCUCGGCCGACUCUGUGUUAUGGAAAUAGAAAGGUGAGGUGAUCUGAUGCAUGACAAUGAGUAUUUCUGUAAAAUAUUGUUGAUAAUGUUGCCCCAGUAACCAUUUUCUAUUGUUUUGUAUUGAGAGGAGAAAAUAAAAAAAAUCCUAAAAUCC